AUGGCUCAAGGAGUAUUGAGCUCGGAUAUCUCCAGAAGAAACCCACAGGAUGACUACGAAUUAAUUCAGCGAAUAGGGAGUGGGACUUAUGGGGACGUUUAUAAGGCUAAAAGACUCUCAACUAACGAUUUUGCUGCGAUAAAAGUGAUAAAACUAGAACCUGGUGAUGAUUUUGGAAUCAUACAGCAAGAGAUUCUUAUGAUGAGAGACUGUCUACAUCCCAAUAUUAUAGCGUAUUAUGGUAGUUAUUUGCGUAGGGAUAAACUAUGGAUUUGUAUGGAAUAUUGUGGAGGUGGUUCUCUACAGGAUAUAUACCACAUAACUGGUCCUUUAGCUGAAAAUCAAAUAGCGUACAUGUGCAGGGAAACGUUACUAGGUUUACAAUACCUUCAUAACAUGGGGAAAAUGCAUCGAGACAUAAAGGGUGCCAACAUCCUUCUGACUGAAUGUGGUGAUGUCAAAUUGGCCGAUUUUGGAGUAUCCGCUCAAAUUACUGCUACAAUAAAUAAGAGAAAAUCGUUUAUAGGCACACCCUAUUGGAUGGCCCCAGAGCAUGCGUUUUUCCAAGGAGACAUGCACAGAAGACUGGCUUUAGAAUUAUUGCAAAAAGUUAACAAUCCUUCACAUAUGUUUGCUGACCUCGAACCUGACGAAGAUGGGGCUGUGCCGAAUGUUCCGCAAAGAAUUGCAUCACGACUGACUUCAAGACCAAAACCCCAGAACGCUGUUCUUUCUAACUCAGAUGUAGAUCGCAUCGAUGAAGCUAAUAACACUCUACAGAGAUCAGUAAUAGUGGAAGAAAAACAACCGCAAUGGGACCUGAUGGAUAUUAUGAACAACGUCACCAGCGUGCACAAUUGCGUAGAACAUCAAAAUCAAAAAUGUGGAAUCGGAAAUGCUUUUGAUUCGCUGAAUAGGGAGAAGUGA